AUGGACGACCUGAAGGAGGCGGACAGAAAGCGAGGAUGGAGAUUCUGGGUCGUCAUAUUCUCCAUCGCGCUCUCUAUGUUCAUUGCCGCGCUUGAGCUGGUUGCUGUUUCCACCGCACUUCCUACAAUCGUUAAUGAUCUCCGUGGUACCGAGUUCAUCUGGGUUGGCUCAGCAUAUGCACUAGCAUCGACUGCCUUCAUACCCCUUAGUGGCAGCUUGGCACAGAUAUUCGGCCGCAAAUUUGUAAUGCUCGCUUCACUCAUUAUUUUCGCCGUUGGCAGUGCGCUAUGCGGCGCUGCUACGAGCAUGAAUUUCCUCAUCGCCGGAAGGACCGUUCAAGGCUUAGGUGGCGGCGGGAUCGCAUCGCUUGUCCAGAUUAUACUGUCUGAUCUGGUUCCGUUACGCGAGCGCGGCAUAUUCAACGGUCUGAUCGGAAUUGCUUGGUCUACUGCUAGUGGAAUUGGUCCAAUUGUUGGAGGGGUGCUUGCUGACCAUGGUCAAUGGCGGUGGUUGUUCUAUCUCAACAUUCCUAUUUGUGGUCUGGCUGCUUCACUAGUUUCCGUGUUUCUUCAGCUUCGUACACCCCCGGGAACAUUCAAGGAGAAAAUGCGGAUGAUGGACUGGCUCGGGAAUAUAAUGGUAAUUGCAUCCACAACCGCGGUGGUCAUUGCCUUGACUUGGGGUGGAAUCCAAUAUUCCUGGGGCUCCCCACGAGUCCUUGUACCACUUAUCCUUGGUAUGCUCGGGCUUGUGGCAUUUAUAACAUAUGAAGCAAAAGUCCCCCAGCAUCCUAUAGUUCCCUUCGCACUCAUGGGUACCAGGACUGGCAUAAGUGGAUAUGCGCAAACCUUCUUGAUGCCGGUCAUGAUGAUGUACCUUGUGUAUUAUCUUCCGACCUACUAUCAGGCAUGCAAGAGUGCUUCUCCUAUUGCAUCUGGCGUGGACACAUUCACCAUCGCCUUCAUCCUCGCACCGUCAGGGAUUAUCGCGGGUGCUUCUGUUGCAGCAUCGAAGAAGUAUUGUCCUCAGCAUUACACUGGUUGGGUGUUGGCUAUUAUAGGUGCCGGUUUGCUCAGCACUGUCCAGGCGGACUCCCCACGGAGCCAUGCACUCGGAUUUCAAGCAAUAGCCAGCAUGGGCUUGGGGAUGCUCACUGCCAUCACAUAUUUUCCAGUCCUUGCACCACUGCCUGUCUCUGCUAAUGCACAUGCACUAGCAUUCUUCACAUUCCUACGCAAUUUUGCCCAGGUCUGGGGUGUUACUACGGGCGGGACUAUCCUGCAGAAUGGAUUGGUGAAGCGGUUGCCUGCGAAAUUCCGUGAGCAGUUCCCCCAAGGCACUGCCAUUGCCUACGCCAUUAUUCCGUCGAUCCACGAUCUCAACGAGCCCUUGAAAGAGCAAGUCAGAGUGGCCUUUGGGGAGAGCAUCCGCCACAUUUGGUGGGCAGCUCUAGGAAUCUCAAGCGCAGGGUUGCUGAUCAGCUUGACAAUGAAAAGUCUACCCCUUCAUACUUCAGUGGACAGGGAUUGGGCACUGAAAGGUGAUAAUGAUGGUCAGUCACCAGAGCGGGGGUUGUCAUCUAUGGCCCCCAAGUAA